AUGAAGCAAUCACCAGUUUAGUAGAACUUGGAAAUUUCUUUUGAAAAACCAAAGACAGUAACCUUUUCUGAGUUUGUCACGGAUAAUCAACAAGAUUUAGAAAGCUCUUUUGAUCAGAAAAAGGAUACAACCUAUCUGCAUAAUCUAGUAAGCUUUCACAAGAGGUAGAGUUCACAAUAAAGUGUUGGAGACCACUCUAAGUAUUCAGAUAUCUUAAACUUGUAGUUAGUAUUAGAAGAUAGCUUAGCAAAUCCAGCAUUCAAGAAGCAGAUUGAGCUCUCAGGAUCAGUAUCUCCAUUGCAAGAUGAAUUUCCUAGCUAAUACUUAGAGCCAGUCAAGACAGAAGAAUUUAUUCAAAAGCCACUUCCCAUUUAGAGUACUUACAAAGUUUAUAUGGAUAUGUCCACUCAAACCGAGAUUACUCAAAACAUGAUAGGUUCUGCAGAGUUUAGGUCAGUGCCUGUUCGAGAAAAUGGUCAAGAUUCCAUAAUUCUUAAGAAAAGACCUCAGACUCCUUUUAAUCAUAGAAGAGAAAGGCUAGAUGAAAAAGUUACAAACUUAAAAAAUGACUAAUAAAAUAGAAAUAUUGCUAGAGAGGAAGCAAUCACAAAGCAAAGGUCUAUUGAAAGUUAAUCGUUCACUCUAAGGCAAAAACUAUGCAGAAUAUUGGAUGAGUCAGGCAAUAUGAAUUCUCCAAUCAAGAAAAGCUAGCAUUAUCUUAACCAACUCAAAGUAUUGAGCAGGAACUAACCUUUAUUUAACUCUAAUUAAAGAUCUUCGUUCAAAGUUAACUCUAGCAUUCAUAUUAAUCAUGCUGAAAAGUCUGACAAGAGUUAGAUUAGUCCUAAAAGAGCCACGAUUAGCACAUUAAAUAAGGAUCUAAAGCAAUCCUAAAUUCCAUAGAAACCAGCAAAUCUCAAUCAAAGGCCUCAAACUGCUAGGUAAGGUUGCCAAGAGAAGCAUUCAACUUAAUAAUUGACAAUUGAAAACAUAGGAAUUUUGAAUCCUAAAUUGCUUAAAUCUUCUUAGCUAUUUAAAAGAUGUCAAGAAUCAUUCAAGCAAAAAUGCCCUAAUUAGAUAAAACAGUCUCAGAGUCCCGCUAAACAAUAACUAUCCCAGAGACUGGAGGAUAUUAAGAAAAAGUAUGGAUGCAAGCAUAGCAGAAAUCUGACUAAUCUGGACUCAGCAAAUCUUGGUUGUGAUAGAUCUCCCAAGAAGGAAUACUGGUAAUAUUUGAGUUAGAACUCCAAUAGCGCUCAAAGCAAGUCUAAGAUGUAAAUGUUCAAGACUAAGUACGGAUAUUCCGAGAACCAGAUUAGAAGCAAGAAAGAUGAUGAUGAGCUCUACCAGUUCAAAUUAAACUUCGAUAUAUUUGGCAUAAAGCAUAAGUGA